UUUGGGGGAGCUGAGCAAAUGAUUCCCAUCGAAACCUGGCUACCCUCCUGCAGCGACUGAAGCAUAAAUAUCCUCUCUCUCUGAACAUUUAAACGUGAGUUUCAGCUUUUGAUUUUAACCGAUAAAUAGCAAACUGGUGCAAAGUUAAAAAAAAGAAUAAAGUACAUUUUCGGUUGGAAACUUGUAGCCCCGUUAGCUGCCUUGUUGCUAAGCUAGGUGCAGUUUUGUCUCCAGCUAACGAGGUUUGGCUGUGAUGGCCGACUUCAGCAGCAGGAUCAUGAUGUCUUCUGAACACCCAGCAAUCGGAGGUGGGCCUGCAGGAAAAGCGAUUUUGUCUUCAGUCGUGUCAGGCAGUGGAAACAGGGACGUUGUAGAUGGGAUGGACCAGAUAUCUGUGGUGAGAAUCGAUGAUGAACACAUUGCAGAGGAGCAGUCUGAUGUUGGGGGGAAGGUUAAAGACACUGCACAGUGCUAUGAGGUGGAGUACUUGAUGCCUGCAGAGGAGGUCGUUGUGGGAGAGGAAGAGGAAGACGAUGUUUACGUCAUUGAGUAUUCAAAUCCUGAAGAAGAAGGAGAGAGCUACAAGUUCACAAUGUCCGUGGACAGAUCGCUCCCGACCAAAAAGCCGAUAAUUAAACAUCCUUUGGUGAGGGAGAGUGCCAGAGCUCCUUUACCUGUGAUGACCAGCCCAGCCAAACUGCCUGUGCCAGUGAAGCCGAGAGAUAAGGUUAGGCGGAAAAAGAGGAAGCAGGUGGCUGUCGAAAAGGAGGCGAACAAGUUGGAGGUUCUUAGCAACACGGAUGUGUUGAAGCAUGGAGAGAACUACAGGGAACUGAUGGGGCUGGACUCAGGUUCAGAUAAAAGAGAACUGGUGUGCACGCUGUGCCCACCACCCGGAAAACACUUCAAGAGAGCCGCAGGUUUGGCUGUACAUUUAAAACACAUGCACCACAUGGAGGGAAACAAGACGUUCUUCUGUACAAAGUGCGAGCAGACGGUUCGCACCCAGAUUGCACUUGAUGCCCACACAAAACGCCACGCCAACCAGGAGGCCGUGUUCACCUGCCUCCUCUGCUCAGCGGAGACGGACAAGACAGGGUACAAAGGAACAAGGUGGGGUCUGAAGAAACACCUGGAGACGGAGCACCCGGGUAUCAUCCCUCGCUGCAACAUCUGUAAUAAAGGCUUCAAGUCACUUGUGUCAUAUUUGGGUGAUCAGUUCAGGCAUGUUGGUGUGUCGCCCUAUUACUGUGCCCAGUGUCAGAUCUAUGAAAUGACUGAGAGGGGUCUGAGUGUUCACAUCAAGAAUCACGACAAGAAGAAGAAGAGAGAGCAGCUGAAGGAGUCUGGUGAGAUCAACCUGCAGACAUUUGAAACUUCUGCUAACGCCGGCUACGUCACAGACGAUUCUGACUUCUAAUCAGUUUUGUUUUAUGUCUGUAUUAUGAGUAUUAUGACUAAAGCAGCACAAGCUCAGUGACCUCUCUGUCAGACGUGUCUGACAUUUAUGCAUCUUUGACUGAACUUUGGUGAUUUUAGAAUUUGCCUCAAGCUGGGUGGAGUCUUCUACCUUUAGCAUCCAUCAGUGUCACAUGUUGAACAGUUGGAGUUUGAGAAAAUCACUUUUUUUCACAACCUGGGUCUUGUUUAUGUAUAUUUGGCCAUCACUCCUCUUGGGUAUGUUUCAUUUUUCUCACAAGCUUCAUUUAGAGGUCCAGUGUGUAGGAUUUAAUGGGAUAUAUUGGCAGAAAUUAAAUAUAAUAAGUAUGUUUUCUGUAGUGCAUAAUCACCUGAAAAUAAGAAACGAUGUGUUUUCAUUACCUUAGAAUGAACUGCUACUAUCUACUUAGGUAGUGGGUCCUUGUCCACGGAGAUUGCUAUGUUGCACCGCCAUGUUUCAACAGUAGCCCAGAAUGGACAAACCAAACACUGGCUCUAGAUAGGGCCAAUCACAUUUCGCCUCAAUCACCAUAAUAAGAAGCCCCUCCGCAAUUAGCAGUGUUAAGAAAAAAACCCACUUAUUUGUAAUGUGAAACUGCUUUAUUCAGCAUUUUUACCAGUUUAAACCAUUUAGGUUGUUUGUUUCAACAUGUCAGUCAGCACAGAGGAAACACUGUUUGUAACAUAAAACUGCUUUAUUUAGUGUUUUUAGCAGUUUUAAUCACCAGGGCCCUAUUUCAGAGAGCAGACUCAACAAACUGCCUAAUCCUGAUCUCUGAUUUGACUGAGCCUGAGCUGGGAAACUCUUGAAUUUUGGUUCCAGAACAGCAGAUCAGCAUUUGUUCAAUCAACUCUGAGUAUGUUCAGCCUGAGGGAAGCGCGUUCACUGUGAGCACCAACAACCAUCAUCAUUGGAGUGCAGAUGACAUCAGCAUCUUUAGUGGCAGAAAGCAGAGAGCCACUUAUUUCAUCCCAACUGAAAUGGACACUUUGAUGAGCGUGAAUGAAGAUUUCAAACAUGUCUUAAAAAAAAAAACCCAGAUACAACAGCUGCAACUAAACAGCAUGAGGUGUGAUGGGGAAUUAUUGCAGAGUGUUAAUAGGUAAUGUGAAGUGA